AAUAAAUAAAAUAAAGAGUUUAAGCUUAAGAAGGUUUUGAUAAGAGAAUUCUAGAAUAAUAAUUUAAAAUAGUUGAGAACUUGCAAGGUUUGUUUCUUAAAGAAGCAACUUGUUCAGAACUCGAAGUUAGAAAUUAUCCAUGCUAGUAUAUAUAUAGAACACUAGUUGUGAAGAAAGAAGAAAUUAAGGAAGUGAAAUAUGAAGAGUUCUAAGAGAGAAAUGGAGAAGAAAUCAGAGAUAAGUUGUGUCAUUGAAGAGCUUUCUAUGGUGGUAAUUGUUAAACCUUCUGAAGAAAAUCAUGAAGCUGCUCAUAUCCCUACCAAGCCUUUCCUCUCUUUAUGUUAUUUUGUUCUACAUGUUCUUGAUAAAAUUGGACCAACAAUGGCUGUUUUGAGACAAGAUGUGUACCAAAAUAUCAAGAGAUUGGAAUUGAUGCAUGAAUCGAAUCCAACAACGAUCUCUAAUUUGGUUGAAAUAUUAAAAUUAGAAGCAACAGAAGGCAAUGCAAGGAAGGGGUCUAGCUGCAGUAAGGCCUUUGUUUGGCUCAUAAGGGCCUUGGAUUUCACCUCAUCUUUACUAGAAAUACUAUCAAAAGAUCCUGAAAAGAAAAUGGAGAAAGCAGUUGAAGAAUCUUACUAUGUAACAUUGAAACCCUGGCAUGGCUGGAUUGCAUCAACUGCUUCUAGGGUUGCUCUAAGAUUAGUUCCAGAAAGUAAAACAUUCAUUGAUAUCCUUAAGAAUGAAGAUGAAGAAAUUGACAUGCUUAUUCAGAAAAUGCAGAUAUUAGUUUCUCUACUUGCGCCUUUUCUUGAGGAUAUCCACUGUAUUUUAAGAUUAUACAACUUGGACAAGCUGAAAUCAACCUGAAGUCAAGAUGAAAGUAAUUAAUAAUAAGGAAUUCUGUGUAUUUUAUAUAUUGCUUCUUCAAGUUUUUUUUUACUUUUUUUUAUUUUAUGAAAUUCAGUUAUUGCUUAUUUCGGUUAAUUUCAUGUAAAUGCUGAUGUAUAUAUGGUGCAUGUAUAUAUGAAGAAAGGUUUGAAA